AUGUCAUCAUCUAGCAGUGGCAAAAAGAAGCAGCAAGCCCAAGUCAAGAUGCAGCAGGAAACAGGUGGAGAUGCAGUAAAAUUCCUGGGAGUAAGGAGGAGGCCAUGGGGACGAUUUGCCGCGGAGAUACGCGAUCCAACAACCAAAGAAAGGCAUUGGCUUGGGACGUUUGACACGGCUGAGGAAGCUGCCCUUGCCUACGAUAAAGCUGCUCGCUCAAUGCGGGGCUCUCGUGCUCGUACUAACUUUGUCUACUCAGACAUGCCCCCUGGCUCAUCUGUCACAGCCAUCAUAUGCCCCGAGGAAACCAUCGCGCCUAAUCACCGAUCCAUUCAAAAUAAUCUUCGCGGUUUUGGAUACCACCAUGAUCAUAUUAACUCCCUAGUACAACAACAACAGGAAGGAGAAGUUCUGCAAUUUCAUCAUCAGCACCAGCAACAGCAGCAUCAGCAAAUAUCCCAGUGUGGUAGUCAGGAUUAUCUCUAUUCAAGAGUUGGGCAUUCCAAAAUGGAGUAUAGUAGUUACUAUGAUGGCUAUUCAGGGACUCCUGGAGAUGUAUAUGCAAGUCCAAAAAGUCAUUAUCAUCAGCAACCUUCAGUUUCUGCAGCUGAGGGUAUUCUUCACCAUUUUGACUCUUCCCACCACUACUCCAACUCUUCUGGAGAUGCUGGUGGGUCGGAACAGCUUCCUGCUCUACCUUCGGCCUUUUCAAGUGAGGUUUGGGCUGAACCCUCGACACACCUGUGUGGCACCUACACAGAUGAGCCCACCACAGAACCUGCCUCAUCUUACUGUCAGAAACAUCUUGGGCUGGGCUUUGAUUCCACUAUUUUCGUGCAUAGCCCACUGUUCAGUCAGAUGCCCCCGGUCUCCGAUUCGGAGAGUUUUGAACCUCUCCAUUUGCCCUCAUCUUAUUAUUUUUGA